GUCCCGGGGCGGGGGCGUAACAAGUGGCGGGACAUGUGCGGGGCCCCGCUGGCCCGCUCCCGGCUCCGUUUAGUCAUUCAUUCAGUUGCGAAGUGCGAACCACUUUGGACCGAAACUUCGCGGCGCGUGGGUGUCGAUGAACACGAAAAUAGCGCGCGAAAUUCGUAUCCGUCGAUUGUUUUUUCUUUUGAUAAAAUGGCAGGUGUCUUUUAGUCAGUGUAUUAGAGAUACAUAAUGGGGGAACAGACAUUUAAUAUUGAUGACAACAAUCUGGAACAUCACAUAAUAACGUUGUUCGAUAAGUUGGAGUGUUUACGUCGGGAUGCUAAUCAGAGUGACAACAUGCUGGCCGGUCGUGUGCCGGCGAGACUUGAAGUGCGGACUCUUUCGUUGUGGAAGGCUGUCGUGGCUGAAUGUGCGGCGUCCUUCCUCUAUGUGUUCAUCGUAUGCGGCGCCGCCGGCGGGGCUGGUGUGGGAGCCUCCGCCUCGGCUGUGCUUCUCGCUAACGCACUCGCAUCCGGCUGCGCUAUAGCCACCUUAACUUUAUGUUUCGCUCAUAUUUCUGGAGCCCAUAUAAACCCUUGCGUGUCUGUGGCGCUGUGCGUGCGCCGGCGCGUGUCUCCUUUACGAACAGCGCUGUACAUAGCGGCGCAGUGCGGAGGCGCUAUUGCUGGCGCGGCCGCUAUCUACGGAGUGAGUGUGCCUGGUUAUGCCGGCGGAUUAUCAGCGUCGUUGUCGGUGGGUGCGGGCGCGGCUUGGGAGCGUCUUGGCUCCGAGUUACUGCUGUCGGGGCUCGUGGCUGCUGCCUACUUCGCGGCCAUGGAGAGGAGAUGGACGGGUGCUGCACCGGCGCUUCUCGGAGCGGCCUACUGUGCUGCGAGCUUUGUCUCCAUGCCGUCGUUAAAUCCAGCUCGUUCCCUGGGGCCGUCGUUCGUGCUGUCUCGUUGGGAGAGUCACUGGGUCUGCUGGGUGGGGGGUCUGGGCGGUGGCAUAGCAUGCGCUCUCCUCCACGAGUGGGGCACUCGGCGGCCUCGCGGCAACUCCAAUUCCCGUGCUUCAUCGCCUAGGGAUCUGGACGAGUUGGAUAAACCCGCGUUCCCGAGUCACCACCACUAUCGCCAGCCGACGUACUGCGCCGCCGCCCCCCGGCCCGAUACAACGGAGCCCCUGUACUCCGGUACCAAGUCCCUGUACUGUCGCUCGCCGCCGCCCGCCCGACACACGCUCCACAGGUCUGGAACCUGCCAAAUGUCUCAGUCAGUGUACAGUAAGAGCAGCAGUGCUGGUGGAGCGGCUGUCGGCAGUGUGGGCGUGACCACGGCCGUGGGCGGCGUGGGCGCGGUGGCGGCCACGUCACUGGCCACAGCCCAGUCUCUACUGCUGCGUCCUCCGCACACCGUCACCAUGAACCAGAAUGUACACAACGCACAAAGAGACCCGGCCUAUGGGACCACAGCUAACGGAGUCAGACCCGGGCCCGCAGGGUCCGCGGCGCCCGAUCGUCGCGAGUCCCUGUACGGAGCCCGCCGCGGUCCGCUGUCGUCGGAGGACAGCGCGUACGGCAGCUUCGCCCGCGGGUACCGCCCGCCCGACCACUACUAGCGACGCGCCUCGCAGCACAAUAUUGCGCUGCUGUUUGACGUUUGACUCUUGUCUCCUGUCUUUGGAGACCUUUGUGCGAGGGUAUUUUGCGUUUUGAAAUCUCUGUGCGGAAAUAUCUGUGUCUGGAAACCUAUGUGCGGUGGUGUUCUGUGUUUGGAUACCUCUGUGUGUUAUAUACUCAGUGUUGAAGGUGCUCCGUGGUUACACUCUGCGCUCGUGCUCUAUGCAAGUGGACCAUUCAAGGUGUGAAAUUAGCUAUCAUUUAAAAGUCCUCUUAGUGGGGUUCAGUUUAGUGUUGUGGUUUGUCUGUAUAUAUUCGUGUCUUAUUUUACGAUUCAAAUCAAUUUUUAAUAAAAAUAAAAACAAGUGAUAAAAUUAUAAUUUUAUAUUAUAAUGAGGCUAUGAAUUGAUCAAAGUCAUUGUGAAGACCUCACGAGUGUGACUGAAACGUCCGAACUCCUUGUGACGUUUAUAUUCUGUAAAUAAUAGCAAGUGCCAAGUAACGACACACUCGGACGGGACUGUGUAGCACAGAGGACGGCCGAGUUACCGGUUAUUGUUAAUGUUGUAUCAUAUUCUAGUGUAGUGUGUAAGAAUGUACAAUAUCUUUGCCACUUCUGACAAUCUUUCGAUAGUAUUUAAGAUCAAACGGCUCGAUGGACCAAAACGCUAAUUUAUCUCAUUAGUACCUACUAUGCUUAAGUGAAAAAAUUCCUCUUAGUUUCUUAGCUUUCAUUAAAAUAAUUAAAUUCUCUAAGUUCAAUGUGAAACCAAAAAAAUUCUUCCAAAUAUAUCUAUAUAUAUAUAUAUUUUAAGUUAGUGAAUUAUUUUAAGUUGAAAUAUUGAAAUCAUCUAAACGACUGAUUCACACAGACUGCUUCCUUUUCGGUUUCAUCAACUUAUCAACAAUCUCCAUCACGCAGUAGGAAUUAAUGAAAAAACAUAAGGUUGCUCUAAUACUUGUAGGUUUACUGUGUAUGUUCGUCUCUGUAAGAUAUUAAAUUUUUUUAACAUAACUCGUAACCACACUACAUACAACGAAUAUAUACGAGUACGUGUUGUUUUUUAAAAUAACAUUGAAAUUAUAAUGUACAUUGUUAAUGAAACUAAACUCGCCUUUUAACUUUACUAUUGGUAGUUAGUUGAAAUAUGGCUCUCGAUAGAAACGUCUAAGUGACAUUAGGAUUUGCAGUUUGGAAGACGUAAAGUUAUCACAUUAUAGUAAGGUUUCAAAGAAUUAAAAAAAUUUCUUCUCCAUUGUAAAGCUUCUAAAUUGUAUUUAUCGUCGUGUAACGUAUUAUACAUUGUGAUUAAAAUAUUUCAAUCUUCAUCGUCCGCGCUCACUCGUUAAUUGUAACGGUUUUAAUGAAAAUAAAUUUACAAUACAUAAAGGUUA